AUGGAAAAAAUUAUUGAUAACAAAAUGAAUAUUUCAGAUGAAAAUAAUUUUAAAAACAUAAAUGAUAAUAAAAAGAAUUAUGUUAAUGAAAACUUAAAAAAUAAAUUUGAUGAAAAGAUAGAUUAUUUAGACAAAACAUUAGGAAAUAAAUUUGAUAAAAAAAUAAAAGAAGAAAAAUCUAUUUAUGAUAAAAAUACAGAUAUAAGAAUUUAUGAAAAUCAAAUUUCAAAAAAAAAAAAAAGAGCUUUUACAUUAGGAGCUAUAGAUGGAAUUGGAGAUAUUAGUAUCUUAAAGGCUCCUUUAAUAAACCCAGAAAAUCCAAAAGUUGAACCUCCUAUUUUACAGUUACCAUCAGCUACUAAUUUAAUAAAAAAUAUUCAUUUAAAAAUUAAUUUUGAUAAAAACAUCGAUAAAUCAUAUAAAUAUAGAACUCAAAAUAGUAAUAAAGACAUUAUAAAUAAUAUGAAACCUUUAUAUUCACUUCCAGAAAAAGUUAUGACUUAUUAUAUGAACACAAAUAAUGAACAAGGAGAAGAAUGGAAUGUAAACAGAAAUACAAAAUAUUGUGUAAAUGAAAGUAAUAAAGAAAAAAAAGAUGAAGAUGAAAAAAAAGAAGAAAAAUAUGAAAAAAAAAAAGAUUCAGAAAAUAGAAUAUUAAUAGAUACAUUAAGUGAUAAAAAGGAAAUUGAAUUUUCUAAAAAAGAAAAUAUAAGCAAUAAAGAGGUAAAUCUUCAUAGGAAUACCAUUUCCAGUAAUAAUAAUAAUAAUCAUAUUUCACGAAAAGAAAAAUCCAUGCAACUUUCAAAAGCAAAAUUGAUACAAAAAAACGAAGAAAAUAAGCAAUUCAAAAAUAACAAUGAUUUUUAUAAGGAUUCUUUAGAAAAUUCAAAUUUUUACAAAGAUAAUUUUAAUCAUGAUAAACAUUUCAAUGAAGGUAAUUUAUAUAAAAUAUUUAAUAAUAAAAGUAAUGAUGAACUAAAACUUUUGGAAGCAAAUCAUAUAAUGUCAUCUACCUUAGCAAAUGCCCUUAAAAAACUAGCUGAUGAUGUUUUUGUUUAA